AUGGCUACUGUGAUGUCUCCUACCCCGAAUCAGCCUAUUUUUGGGAAGAGGCGAGCCCGCGAUGGUCUAGAACAUGAUCACAAAAGAGUGAGGCUAGAUAGGUUGCUCUCCAAACUCUCCUUAGAGCAAGAUGAGCCUCCUGCCAAGCGCACUCCACUGAUUGAGCCAGACCUCGAGAUCAAUCCAUUACUUGAUUUUUCGGACGAAGAUAAGAGACCAAAGAGCGGAAUCGAUGCCUACAUUAGCGAAAAGUUGAUUGCAAGUAUGCAAGAGAGGGUCAAGGAAGGCCUCGCCGUGGGACGCUGGUACAUCCCAGCGGGUAUCGUGAUAUUGCAUUUUCAACGAUGGGUGCGUCGUCUUUUUAACUCUUUUAUUAAAAGGUAUAAUGCUUCUCAUCCUGAUAAAGCGCCGGUCAGCCCGUUCAGAAGCUACAGCAAGAUAGUCAAACUUGUGUGCUCACCUGAUAUGAACUUCAGUGUGGAUGACCUACGGCAGAUUUUGAUGGAUGAGAAUCAUCGAGAGCAAAGAGACAUUGCACGGCGCAAGCUGAAGCGCGAAGAUAAGAGACACAUUGAAGAGAUUAAGGAAGAAGAAGGCAUUUUUGCAACCACGAGCUACACAUACUGGGACCGGUUCGCCGAAGUGAGCCGUGACAUCGAUAUGGAUAUCGAGCUGCUGUCGGCGGCUGUGUCUGACGGUCUGGACCUGGACAUGAUGGACAUGUGA